AUGGGCUUCUUGGAGUUUGGCCGAUCCCCUUGGGAUCGGCCAAGGCUCCCCAAGGCUCCCCAAGGCUGCUGGAUAGCAGAAGGGGAGAUGCAGAGCUUACAGAACAUCACUCUGAAUGUCACCCUGGGGGCAUCUGAAGGGGCAAGACCAAACCUAAGCUGGCCGUCGACAAUAUCUCUGGUGAUCCACUAUGUGACAUUUGUGACCGGCACCAUUGGUAAUGGUCUGGUCAUCUAUGUGACAGGGUACAGGAUGACAAAAACAGUCAACUCAGUGUGGUUCCUCAACUUGGCCAUUACUGACUUCCUCUUCACCGCCUUUCGAAUCAUUAGCAUCAUUCACACAACUCACAAUUUUGAGUGGAUCUUUGGACCCUUUAUGUGUAAGCUGAACAGCAUGGUGAACGUGCUAAACAUGUUCACCAGCAUCUUCAUCCUGGCGGCCAUCAGUGUAGACCGCUGCCUGUGCACAUGUGUGGUAGUAUGGGCCCAGAAUAAACGCACAACACGCAAGGCUGAGUUCACAUGUGUUGGGAUCUGGCUGGUCUCUUUGGUUUGCAGCAUCCCUUACAUUGUCAACCGAGAAACAAUAUUUCAAAACGGCAAAACAUACUGCUAUUCAAACAUUACUCUUAAAGGACACAAGGACCUCAUAGUGUUACGUUUUGUACUGGGAUUCCUCAUCCCUUUCGUAGUCAUCAUUGGGUCUUAUGUCGCCAUAGGAAUGCGCGCCAGACGCCUCCAUAGGAAGAGACUAGGGCAAAGGUCUCUCCGCAUCAUCUUUGCAAUCAUCCUGGCUUUCUUUAUAUGCUGGCUGCCAUUCCACGUGUUCCAGUUCACAGACUAUUAUUGUCGCGUGGUAGCAGUCAACCAAACUUUCGAAUCUUUAGUGUAUGGGGGUCUUACACUGUCCACUAGCCUGACAGUUUUAAACAGCUGCCUGAACCCCUUUCUUUAUGUCUUCAUGCGUGAUGAGUUCCAGAGGAAGCUUCGUCAGUCUGUGUGCCUGGUCUUUGAGAGUACUUUUGCAGAGGACCUGGUCAUAUCAUCUCGCUCCCUGACAUACUAUCUGUCCCGGAUCUCACGCAAGUCAGACUCUACUGCCCCCGAGCCAGAGACACAAGCAUCUCCCCAAUGGCCAACUCAGAGAAACUGUGACUGACUUCAUCAU